AAUAAAAGACGGUUCGGAGGCAAACCCGGUUUAAAUUAAACCAGAACUUGGAAAAUUGAAAUUUGGGAAAGAAAAAAGCUCAGCCAUGGCGAUAGCUUCAACAGCCACGGUUCUCUUCUGCUGCGCGAAACCCAGUUUCCGGCGAAUUCCGAUCAAGACCCGUUCAUCACCUCCUCUCACUACCUUAAACGAAAGUCGGAUUCGGAGCCGAACCUUAGUCCAUGACUCGAUUGCGUUGUCGGGUCUUAUCGGAAGUGGUUUGGCAGCGGCUGCGUUCGUCGCGGCGGGACCAGAUUCUAGUGCUAUGGCGGCGGUGGAUUCACUUCAGCUGAGUGAACCGGAAAAUGCGUUGUCCUUACCCACUUGGGCUGUUCAUGUUUCCAGCGUUGUCGAAUGGAUUACAGCGAUGGCGUUGGUUUGGAAAUAUGGAGAAAGAAAGGGUUAUGAGUCUUGGAAAGGUCUCUCAUGGGGAAUGGUACCUUUGCUUGGUGGAGCUCUCUGCGCAUGCACAUGGCAUUUCUUUUACAAUGAUGAGUCUCUUGAGGUGUUGGUUGCGCUUCAAGGAGCACUAACUGUGAUCGGUAAUAUUACGUUAUGCAUCGCUGCCUUUCGAAUCAACAAGUUGUCAUCCAAAAUCGAAGUCUCUGAAAAACCCUGAGGGAUAAACGCAUCUUUGUGUUAGAAGAAACGUUGAAGGAAUACCUAUUGUCCCAUCGGGAAUCUGAGUGUAGCCUUCUUGGUGGGUAAGAGAAGCAACUGGAUCUUCGAGAAUUGCCAAUUAGUAGAAUGAUCUUUGCUUUAUUGAGCGUGUAUAUAUAUAAAUAUUGUAUCUUCAUGAUUAUUAUACUCCUAAUGAGCUAGUCCAACGCAUAAUCUGUUAUUGUGAGCAUAUUUCUUCUGCGAUCUUUGUAGUACUUAUGUCAUUUUGGGUCAUAGACUUGGUCACUUGGGUGAUCACAAAGUUCCAUGAGGACCAUGACUACAUUCAUUUAUCAAAGAAAGAAAUGUGUUUUGCUCA